AUGGCUGUUGUUGAUGGUGUUAUGGUGGCUAUGCCGCCGCCGGAGGGGUAUAUCGUCGACUUUGACAACCCUCAGCGGAACUCGGUCCUGACCUCCUACAUCGUCGGCGGCUGCGGAAUAUUCUUGUCGACGACUUUUGUGAUUCAAAGAAUCUAUGUGAAAUCGGUUGUUCGGAAAAAUCUGGGCCUCGAUGAUGCCCUGAUUGUCAUGGGUUGGGUAAACAAGUCCCGAACAUUCGGCCAAUCACUCCCCGAGCACCUGUUGUCACCACUAACACGCUUGUCACAACCAGAUGCAUACCACCAGGGAUAUAUGGGAAUCCACAUGUGGGAGAUGCCGAUCGACAAGUUCCAAAAAUUCGCCUACAUGAGCGGCUAUCUAGGCUCGGUUAUUUACACAAUCCCGACGAUGUUGUCCAAGAUAGCAGUCCUCUUGUUUUUGCUCGAGAUCAACGCGGUUCAAAAAUGGUAUCGAUGGUCCAUUUUCUUCGCCAUAUUCCUCGUGGCAGGGGCGGGUAUCGGCAUCUUUUUCGCCUCCGUUUUCCCUUGCUGGCCCGUCCAGAAAAGCUACGAUCUCAGCAUCCCCGCAGACGUGGGCUCUUGCAUCAACCGUCCGGCCAUGUACCAGGCUACCGCGGCCCUGGGUUGCAUUACCGACGUUGUUAUUUUUUGCAUCCCUCUGCCAAUGGUUUUGAAGCUGCAGCUGUCGUGGCGCAAAAAGGCUGGACUCUUCUGUCUGUUUUUUAUCGGUUCCGCGACUGUCAUCACGUCGGUUGUGCGCUUGAUACUUUUGAUCCAAAUUCUCACUGAAAUAGACCAGCCUUGGUCAUCCGGAUUUGUCACCAUUUGGAUCCUCGUCGAGGCCAACCUCCUCAUCAUGUGCGCCUGCAUGUCGACGCUUCGCCACUUUAUCCUCCACGUCCGACCGUCCACCUUCAGCAGCAAACGCGGGAAGACCGAUGACAACACCAACAAGAGCGGCGACGACUUUAUGCAGCUGCGCACCAUCGGCCAGAUUUCGAGCAACAGCAACACCAGAGGGAAGCAAUUCCUCAGGCUGGACGGGUGCGAUGUGGAGACCGAGGUCCGUGCCGACCGCCUCUCGAUCGAUUCUACAAAGGGCGGCGACGACCAUAGCGAUCGCGGCAUCCUGCAGACGAGGACUACGCGAAUCACCUAUAGCAAGUCGCCGGUUUAG